ACCCACAAAUGAACUUAAAAAAAAAGAUGGCCCCCAUCCCAUGAACCAACUGGGGAAGGGGGGGCGGAGAAAAGACUCCUCACUGCCGCAAAACGUUCUUUUUAUUUUGUCCAUCACCCUUGGACCUUUGGCCCCCCUCGUUCUGAUUGUGACCGGGAACAGUUCCUCCCUCUCGAUUUUCACAUCUGUCUUUGUGUGUCCUCCCAUCUGUCUGUCUGUCUGUCUGUCUGUCUGUCUCUGCGGGAGGCAGCCAUCUGGGUCAGCGUCCAAGGACGUCGACGAAGAUUCCUUCACACCCGGCAGCCCAGCGACAGAGACAUCAGACAACAUCAGCCCCAUCGCCAGCCCCAUCCACACAGGCAAAACCCUGACAGCAGCCUGGGAUGUGCCUGAGAGCACUGACUCCCCAGACAGCCCCAGUGAUAGGGCUGUCCUCACUGGGUUCCUGGUGAGUUUCAUGGUGGAUGCGCGUGGCGGUUCGAUGAGGGCCAGCCGCCAUAACGGACUGCGUGUGGUUAUCCCACCGCGGACCUGCACCGCUCCCACACGGAUCACCUGCCGCUUGGUCAAGUCCCAGAAGCUGGUCAGCCCACCGCCCCUGGUGGAGGGGGAAGGACUGGGCUGCAGGGUGAUCGCACUGGGACCCGCUGGGACCCACUUCCUUGGGUAAGGCCGGGAGGGCUGGCUCAGACCAGGGCCUGC